CUCCGACUUCUAUACUAGAUCUCUCCUCCGUUGUUUUACGUAAAUUAUUAUCAUCAUCAUCGUACAACAGAUGGGGUUGCGAAUUUUAACGAUUGGUGUUGUGGUUUGUUCGAUGUUAUUUCAGGAAAUUAUGGGGAUUAGAUUUGUGAUCGACAGAGAAGAGUGUCUGUCACACAACGUUGAAUACGAAGGCGACACUGUUCAUGUCUCUUUCGUUGUUAUUAAGGCCGAAACUAUGUGGCAUUUCGCUGAAGACGGUGUUGAUCUUCUGAUAAGAGGCCCGGGGAAUGAACAUAUACACGCGCUACAUGACAGAACUAGCGAGAAAUAUGAGUUCAUGGCUCGCAAAAAGGGCGUAUAUCAUUUUUGCUUCACAAACAAAUCUCCAUAUCACGAAACCAUAGACUUCGAUGUUCAAGUUGCCCAUUUUGCAUACCAUGAUCAGCAUGCGAAGGAUGAGCAUUUCAACCCGUUAUUUGAACAAAUAUCAAAAUUAGAGGAAGCGCUUUACAACAUUCAGUUCGAGCAGCAUUGGUUAGAGGCUGAAACUGAUCGACAGGCAGUAGUAAAUGAAGGAAUGAGUAAGAGAGCAGUUCACAAGGCAAUAAUCGAAUCUAUAGCACUAGUAGGUGCUAGCAUCCUUCAGGUUUAUCUUCUUCAGCGUUUGUUUGAGCGCAAGCUCGGGACUUCAAGAGUUUAACACGAUCGCAUGCCUUUAUUUUAUGACCAUUGGCGUAUUUCAGCAUAUACAUCCUUGUAUAAGAAGAAAAAAUAUUUAAUACUUUUCAUUUAUUCACAUUUUUAACACAUUUUUUAUGGCCGCGAAUCAUGUUUAUGUAUGUCUAGAAUGAGUGUCUUUUUUUCAAAAUGAAAGAUUUUCGCUUUGUAAUAGCUACAUGUUAAUU